AGCACCGGCCUGGUGAAUAGCGGAGCCCAAGCCCCUGCCAGCCCAGCCAGGACCAGCCCUGCUGAGACCUCCAGGGCAUCGAGCAGGACAUGCUGCGCCAGCGCCCCCAGCUGCUGCUCCUAGGGGGCCUGCUCGCCCUCCGGUCUGUCCUGUCCCAGGAGUGCACCAAGUACAAGGUCAGCACCUGCCGGGACUGCAUCGAGUCAGGGCCUGGCUGCGCCUGGUGCCAGAAGCUGAACUUCACGGGGCAAGGGGAGCCUGACUCCACUCGCUGUGACACGCGGGAGCAGCUGCUGUCAAAGGGCUGCGCGACAGAUGACAUCGUGGACCCCAGGAGCCACGCCACGACCCAGGAGGACCAGGUGGGGGGCCAGAAGCAGCUGUCCCCACAGAAAGUGACGCUCUACCUGAGACCAGGUCAGGCGGCUGUGUUCAACGUGACCUUCCAGCGGGCCAAGGGCUACCCCAUCGACCUGUACUACCUGAUGGACCUCUCCUACUCCAUGCUGGACGACCUCAUCAACGUCAAAAAGCUGGGGGGCGACCUGCUCCGGGCCCUCAACGAGAUCACCGAGUCUGGCCGCAUCGGCUUCGGGUCCUUCGUGGACAAGACGGUGCUCCCCUUCGUCAACACGCACCCCGAGAAGCUGCGGAACCCGUGCCCCAACAAGGAGAAGGAGUGCCAGGCCCCGUUCGCCUUUCGGCACGUGCUGAAACUCACCGACAACUCCAACCAGUUCCAGACAGAGGUCGGGAAGCAGCUGAUCUCGGGAAACCUGGAUGCCCCCGAGGGUGGGCUGGACGCCAUGAUGCAAGUCGCCGCGUGCCCGGAGGAAAUCGGCUGGCGCAACGUCACCAGGCUGCUGGUGUUUGCCACGGAUGAUGGCUUCCACUUUGCGGGAGACGGGAAGCUGGGCGCCAUCCUGACUCCCAACGACGGCCGCUGCCACCUGGAGGACAACAUGUACAAAAGCAGCAACGAAUUCGACUACCCAUCGGUGGGCCAGCUGGCGCACAAACUGGCAGAAAGCAACAUCCAGCCCAUCUUUGCUGUGACCAAGAGAAUGGUGGAAACGUAUGAGAAGCUCACGGAGAUCAUCCCCAAGUCUGCAGUCGGGGAGCUGUCAGACGAUUCCAGCAACGUAGUCCAGCUUAUUAAGAAUGCCUACAACAAACUGUCCUCCAGAGUCUUUCUGGAUCACAACACCCUCCCUGACACCCUGAAAGUCACCUACGACUCCUUCUGCAGUAAUGGGGUAUCGAAGGUGGACCAGCCCAGAGGGGACUGUGACGGCGUCCAGAUCAACGUGCCGAUCACCUUCCAGGUGAAGGUCACAGCCACAGAGUGCAUCCAGGAGCAGUCAUUCGUCAUCCGUGCGCUGGGCUUCACGGACACGGUGACUGUGCGGGUCCUCCCCCAGUGCAAGUGCCGGUGCCGGGACGCGAGCCGGGACCACAGCCUCUGCGGCGGCAGGGGCUCCAUGGAGUGCGGAGUCUGCAGGUGCGACGCCGGCUACAUGGGGAAGAACUGCGAGUGCCAGACGCAGGGCCGGAGCAGCCAGGAGCUGGAGGGAAGCUGCCGGAAGGACAACAGCUCCAUCAUCUGCUCGGGGCUGGGGGACUGCAUCUGCGGGCAGUGCGUGUGCCACACGAGCGAUGUGCCCAGCAAGAAGAUCUACGGCCAGUUCUGCGAGUGUGACAACGUCAACUGCGAGCGCUACGACGGCCAAGUCUGCGGGGGCGAGAAGCGAGGGCUCUGCUUCUGCGGCACCUGCAGGUGCCAGAACGGCCACGAGGGCUCGGCGUGCCAAUGCCUCAAGUCUACGAAGGGCUGCCUCAACCUGGAUGGCGUCGAGUGCAGCGGCCGCGGCCGGUGCCGCUGCAACGUGUGCCAGUGCGACCCCGGCUACCAGCCGCCCCUGUGCCUCGAGUGCCCGGGCUGCCCCGCGCCCUGCGCCCGCUACGCCAACUGCGCCGAGUGUCUGAAGUUCGACCAGGGCCCCUUCGCCAAGAACUGCAGCGCAGCGUGCGGGGAGACGAAGCUGCUGCCCAAGCCACUGCCCGGCCGCACGUGCAAGGAGCGCGACUCCGAGGGCUGCUGGAUGACCUACACCCUGUUGCAGCGCGAAGGGCGGGACAGAUACGACGUGCACGUGAACGACACGCGCGAGUGCGUGAAGGGCCCCAACAUCGCCGCCAUCGUGGGGAGCACCGUGGCAGGAGUCGUGCUCGUCGGCAUCCUCCUGCUGGGCAUCUGGAAGGUCCUGACCCACCUGAGUGACCUCAGGGAGUACAAGCGCUUCGAGAAAGAGAAGCUAAAGUCCCAGUGGAAUAACGAUAACCCCCUUUUCAAGAGCGCCACCACGACAGUCAUGAACCCGAAGUUUGCUGAGAGUUAGGGCUGCUUGGUGAAGACAGGGCCUCCUGCACCGCCCAGGUGGGAGCAUCCCACGCCACGUCCCCCCAGCAGGCCGACCGUGACCCCGUCGCCCGGUGGACUUGGCUGACGACACUUGGCAACUUCACCACUAACUGAAAAUGCACCGCUUUUCCUGCCCCCAGAAUGACAGAUGCGGCCAGAUAAUUCUAGGCACUCAUCAGGAGGGCCAGCCUCCCCCUUCUCAUGUGAGCGGCUUCUGAUAGCAACUUGCAGAAGGGGUUGCUCGCGUCCCGGAAGGUUAGACACGUGUUGUCCUUUGUAAAAACUAGCACAACAGUCUGACGAAAGGUGGUACAGAUUUAUUUAUACGUGAACUUCUCAGGGUGUAAAAUUACAUCCCAUUGAUCAUGCUGCCCCCAAUCGCGUGUACAGAAAAAAUUAA